UGAGGCGAGAGUGUUACCGCUACACCAAGGGGACUGGGAGCAGUUUAAGGUGGUCCGUGUACACCUUCAGGCAGUUACCUCUCAGUACUUAACUAUAAAUGAGUGCAGAGCGAGUCAUCAACUGUGAGUGUUCCACCACUGAGUGUGUUGCUAGCGGCGUCCACACCUGCUCCACAUCACACAUGUGUUACUCACAGCUCCUCGACCGCUGUGACGGCACUCAUCCUGUCAUCCGCGGCUGCAUCAAUGAUGGCGGCCUAAAUACACUGUUGUGCUUGAACCUGCGUCCAUCAGUUGACGGGUCGUGGCCCUACCUGGUGUGCUGUAACACACACUUCUGCAACAGAGACGUCUCACCGGUGCCGCCGGAGCACCUCCUCAUGCAAGCAGAGUUCCGGGAAGAGUGUGGAGAAGCGAGUAGUGUGAGUGAGCCUCCCGAUGACCUCACCAUCUUGCUGGUCGGGGUUGGUGUUGCGCUCAUCCUCAUCAUCACCAUCAGUGCUGCAGCAGCUUUUAUAUUAACUAAAUGCAGGUCAACAUACAGUCAGACAUCUCAUGUUGCAUUUGAUGUUGGAUUGGAGAAGUUGAAGCCUCCACUGUUGGAGGCUCCCAGCCCACCACUACUACUAGCAUAGCUUCCACUCUCAAGUGUACACUAGCACCUUUGUCAUGCUGACUCAAAACAUUAAUUUUGGAGGGUUCAAGAUAGUCACAACUUACUCUUAGGCAUAAUGCAAUAUGCAAAGCAUUUAGUCACAUAAUAACAAAUGUAACUGUUUUAAUAUACCAAGUGUAUGACCUUUAUUGGUAUAAAUUUUUGUUAGUGCUCAUCCAUAAUGUUAAAAAUAUAAUGUUUUAAAUUAAAUGAUUAAAUGAA